UGGAAGCCAUAUGCAUGUACACUGAAAUGAGAUCUACCACACCUAUAAUUAUAAUCAACAUCACGACACGUACAUACAGAUGCUACUUGGCUAGAUCUAGAUAGCUAGAUCCCUAUCCACCAAGUCACUAUUAAAUUCUGUAAAGAUGGCUAGCAAGGCUGAGCCUAAUGUCAAGAAGGACCAGGCACUUAAGGGAAAGUUAUUGAAGUCAAUGAAAGUUUGUGUUCAACAAAUGUUCUGCUCAUGUUGGAAGAACCCGCAGACUGAAGAGCAUAUCGAGUCCCCAUCUGAAACAGAUGAAGUAUCAGAGACCAAGAACACAAAUCCAGCUGAUAAUAGUCCUAGAUUUAAGGACAUGGAUGGUCUACUGAAAGAGGAAUCGUAUACACUGGGACCUGGGGUACUGAGUAUGUAUGACAUCCACACGCUCAAAACGUUUCCACCCCAACCCUUCACUGAUAACAGCUAUGCAGGGCUGUGUAGAGAAGUAAAAAAAUGGACAAUGCCACUUCGGUCCUUACCCCAACUGCAUUCUGUGUUUCUGGAAUUUGCAAAGGAAAAUUACGAUGAUUUGGAUGAACUCUCAAAGAAACUUCAGGACAUGGUGAUUGCCUUGAAUGACAAGAAACCUAUUUCCCACGAUAAGGAGAUUGCUUCAAUUGUUCAAAGCCUUUCCAGAGAUGAUACCAAAAAAGAUCAGCUCAAAUCCAUGAUCAUUGUUUCAGAUGCUUUCGUGAAGUUUUCUGGACAUAUUGUACAAAGGAGUGCUGAGAUUGAAAAGUUGACGAAAGAAAAAAGGAAAUCACUCAUGAACAUCAUGAUUCAAAUCCCAUACGGCACGAAGGAGCACCAAUUCUCUGAUAUGGAGGCAACAGCCACUUUCAUGGACAGUUCUUUGCAACCGAUCAUGCGUGCAAUCGGAUUCGAUAAAAAGAAGUUUGGUUCUGAACUAACAUGGACGGCUAAGGAGGACUGCGAUCAACUAGUUGCAGGAUUCUUCCUUUUGUGGGGAACAUUUCUUUCUUAAACUGUUUUUAAUUAAGUUUCACGUUAUAAUUUGCUCUCAAUACAUGUCAUACAUUUUACUGUUUGAAAACAAAAAGAAACAAAAGGUGUUUCACAAUGA